AAUUCAUGAUGACGACUCAAUUUGUUCACAUACAAAUUUAGUUAUUCUUGUGGCUAUAAAUUGGCUUUAAUUAGAUUAGUUUCUGCAUCUCAGCGAAGUGUUUGCGUCUUCAAUGCAUCAAGCAAAGUUCCUUGGAGGGAUGUGGAUCCUGCUUGUCUUGGUCUCAUACCACGUGACCAGUGUGACAUCACAAAAUGACAACCAGAGAGUUUGUCAUACAGAAGACUGUCGGCUUGGUCAACAAAUUGCUAGCAUGAUGGACACAAGUGUGGAUCCUUGUGAAGACAUGUUCCAGUUCUCAUGCGGAGGAUGGCUUCGUGAUAAUCCACUGCCUGUGAAUGGCGAAUACUUGACGUUACGGGACAAAAUGAAGACUCAAAAUAAAAAAGAGAUAGUUCAAUUUUUGGAGAACGAUGACGUCAGAGACCGGUGCCGAGAGUCUACGGCCCUAGAAAAAGCGAGAACAAUUUUUAAAACUUGUACUCAGACGGAAGCAAAUGCUACACUGUUGUAUAAAUCACUUAUCAAUGCGCACAAAACACUUUACUACAGUAAAGGAACAUUGCCGAUGAAAAUAAAAGAGGCAGAAAAGAAUCUCAUGGGAAGAACACAUCAAAGAAAGGUCAAAGAAUGGUCAAAGUAUGGUCAAAGAAUGGUCAGGCCUGUCAUUGACAGAGAUUCUAUUCAAGGCAAACGAAUGAAAACAAUGAUGAAAGAUGGUCGACAGGCAACAAUCUAA